GGGUCGAUAGCAAACGAGCUAACUAGCUCCACACAACUAAUACUACAGCAUAGCGGCGAGAGACCCGCGGCUUAUUUAUUUAAAUCUAUUUAUUUAAUAUUUUUUUUAAUAUUGAAACAUUAAAUCUGUUGUUUGCAGAGACUGGGACGAAAGGGGAGGAGAAUGGUCAUCCCUGAUGGUGGAAGUGCCCUUCAGCCAGCGGAUAGCAGUGAUGCAGACGAGGUGAUGUCCAGCUCAGAGCCGGAGUUCGGUCCCAAUCUGACCGCGGUGGAGCUGGAGGAGGUGCGUAAGCUGCAGGAGCUGGUGCGACGUCUGGAGGUCCAGAAUCAAGCCCUGCGCAACAGGGGCAGCAAACUAGUGCUGGGGGCCAACAGCAACCUCUCCACCGGAGCUAACAGGAAUAACCUGCACGGGGGCAUGGACACUUCUCCCGGAGCAGAGGAUGCUGGGAACCUGGUGUUGUCGCCUCCAGCGGGCAGCAGCAGCAGUGAGGACAUGUCUCCACUGCCUGAGGCCUCCAGGCCGGAGGAUGAGGAGGAGCGGGCCGGAUUCCUGAGCUCGCCGUGUGCUUCAGGCUCCAAACAAACACUGGGCCGCUUCGAGCCGAGUCUGUCUCCAGAUCUCUGUGAUUCAGAGACGCUGGGAGCGAGUGAUGCGGGUAUGGACCAGUCCGCCCUGGACGAGGUGGAUGAACUUGAUUUAGAGACGUGCGCUCAGACCGAGGAUGAAGACAGCUGGUUGUACGUUUCACCAAAGAAGCAGGUUGUGGCUGAACAGGGGCCUGAAUCUCCUCUGAAAUGGUGUCGGAAAUUCCUCGAUCAUCCCAGUCCAGAGACUGAAGUCGCCUGUCGGACGCUCAUCCACCGGCUAGACCAAACAUCUAGAUGGAAGAACGUGUACAAUAGCCCAUCUCAGUCCAGUGAGGCUGGCGUCUCGGCGUCUUCCUCUGCUGGGUACCUCAAAUCAACUAACAAAACACUACUAACCUCUGGCAGCUCAGGUUGUAUGGGCGUUCCCCCUGCUCUCAGCUCACAGUCGUCUAUUGACAGUGAGUUAAGCACCUCAGAUGACUCCAUCUCCAUGGGCUACAAGCUUCAGGACCUGACUGAUGUUCAGAUAAUGGCUCGUCUGCAGGAGGAGAGUCUCCGGCAGGACUACGCCUCUAACUCGGCCUCGCGCCGCAGCUCCUCGGCCUCCCUGCAGUCUCUGCGUCGAGGUACCUACAGCGAUCAGGAGUUCGACUCCUACAGUCAGGAGGACGAGGAGGACGAGUGCUGCUCUCUGCCGCAGCGGCUCCAGCGCUACUCGCCCCACAGCUCGCCCCGCUGCCUCUCUCCCAGCACUCUGGCCGAGUACAGCCGUCUGGCCUCCCCGCGCACACGCAUGUCCCGCCGCUCCCUGCAGGGCCCGGGGCCCAAGAGCGAGGAGGAGCUCAGGCACAGCAUGCCUAACCUGACCCCUCGCAGUGGCCUGCAGUCUCUGGAGGCAGUCAGAAACAGCCGCAGCAUGGAGGCUAACCUACAGAGCUCAGGCAACCGCUCGUCCCGUCUGCCCCAGUCCCCCACAGGUGUAUCAUCUGCGAGGAUGAGGGGUGACAGCCAGUCCCCUCUCUAUCUGCGGGCUCCCAUGAAAGCCCUGAGUCCCGUCAGCUCUAUGUCUGCAGUGCGACAGCACGCCAAAGGGCCAGCGAGUGCCCAGGGAGGGAUGAGGAGGGUGCAGUCGCCCGGUCCCAACAAUGGGGCGUCAUACUCCGCUGCUGUCGCCCGUCAGACUCCAGGAAGAGGCAUGACACCCUCUUCACCUUCCUCCAGAGGCAGACUUCCACAGACACCCAGGAGCAGAUCUCUGGGAAUGGCCAAACUGUGCGCUCCCAUCGCUGAUGAAUCCUGGAAAGAUGGUUGUUACUGAAGCCCUGAGAGCUGCGGCGGUUUUCCAGCCGCUAAAGACUGAGAAAAAUCAGCACAGAGUCCCUAAAACAAGAGUUUGAUCGAAUCCACAAUGGAUCAGACACAGUUUGCAUUCAGAGACUACAACAAAUUGUUACCUUUGCUUGAUUUUCAAUUAUCAAUAUAUUUUUAUUUUCUUGAGAAUGGGGAAGUAUGGAAAAAAUAUGAGAGCUUGAAUAAUGAAAAAGGUUUGAUGUCCUGUAAUGUAGUUUUUGUGAAACGUGUGGAAUUUAAUUCCUAAAUGCUGUGGUGUAACCCGCUGUUGAUUUUGCAUGUUUAUCUAUUUUUAGAAAUGAAGGAUAUAUGAUUUUUAUUUGUGAAAAAAUGUGAGAUUUUUUUAAUCUGAUGAAGGAAUCGUAUUCUGUAAAGCAAGACGUUUGUCUGUUUUGUAUCGUCAGGACAAAACACAGCAAUAUUGAAAAUAGUUUUCAUGAAAAAUGACCGCGGAGGAGAAGAAAAUACUUUUAAUUUUUAUAUUUGAAUUGAGAUCACAUCAAUGUGCCAAGGUGCAUUACUACUGCAACACUGUUCCUCCUUAAUUCAGAGUGCUUGAAGGUGAAGUUACUACACUUUCACUCCAUCUGGAAGUUUGAAUAUUUAUUUUGAUGCCUGUGUAGUCUAGGUUUAAAUAUUCACUAAGCCGGUAAAAGUUGAAAUCUCUGAGUAUGCAAUGAUAAUGGAGUGCCUCAGAAAAUCAAUAAAUCAAUUUCAGCAAUAAA